ACAGUUACAUCGGACCCUAAAAAUUUUCAAACAUUCAUAUUCGUAAUUCGCAGAGUUGUAAUCAAAGAUCGUCUACUUGAAUUCUGAAUCUUCGCAAUGGCGGACGAGGCGAACAGAGCUACAUUUUUGGAAAUUCAAGGUCGCAUGAUUGAGAUUACUGGAAAGCUGAAGCAGGUGCAAAGUCAGGUACGAAACAAGGAGGGAGAAAAGAAGCGUGCCUUUUUAACCUUGGAGGAACUUAAACAGUUGUCCGAUGACACCAAUGCGUACAAAUCGAUAGGGAGAGCGUUUGUUUUAGAGCCGAAAUCGGUUCUAAUGGCGGAACAGGAGCAAAAGCUCAAGGAUAGUGAAGCUGCAAUUGUAUCACUGCAGAGCUCAAAGGAGUAUCUAGAGAAGCAAAAGGCGGAGGUGGAGAACAACUUGAAGGAGCUGUUGCAACAAGAUCCAGGUAUAGCUCGCCAGAUUAUGUCCAUGACUGUAGCAUAAGACAUGCUCUCCUCUCUCCAUUUGAAUCUGAAAUUAGCUGAUCUUGUUCACAAGAAUUUUAGUUUGUUGGUUGCUGUGUUAUUCUGAUGCCUAAACUCUGUUUCAUAUGCAUUACAUACUCCUUAAGUUCCCAGUUCUGUCAAGGGAUACGUUCGAAAUUUCUUAAUUAGAUAAUGGAUAGAAUGCCCAAAAAUGAUUCUCCA